CCAGAAAUAAAUGGUGGAAUAGGCCGAGUCUCCAAUCAUAAGAGAGAAGCCUAAAGCGACACAUUCCCGCAGGUACUGGGAGAAACGCACACUACACGCAUUAACUAAAAUGAAGAAAAUGCAUAGAGAGAGAUAAGCUGUAAGCUUUUUGCCUCCUCCUGUACCUCCAAUACAUUGCCAUUUGAGGGAGAAUUUUGGUUCAGAAAUUUUCAAGGGUGUUGUCUGUGAGGACCUGGUGGUGGUGGAGAUGGGUGGCAGAGCUGGUGGUGGAGCAUCAUCUCAGAUAAAGAAAGCGGCUAGAAGAAUCUUUGUACAGACAUGUGGCUCUUUUUGCCAUAGACAACAAACCCAUGUUCUUGAUAACUCCACCAGCACGACUGCUACAGGUUCUAGUGAUUCGCCUAGUAAUUCUUCUUCUGCAUAUCCCAAGAAGAAUUUUUCUUGCAAUAAAGUCUCUUCAGAAAUUGGGCAAUCUGAUUUAAGCGCUGACCCUUCUUCUAAUAAGAAUUUGUGCCCUAUAUGUCUUGAUCCUCUAAAUUACAGCUCCGGCAGCAGUCCUGGCCAAGCAAUAUUCACAGCACAAUGUUCUCAUGCUUUCCAUUUUGCAUGCAUCUUGUCAAAUGUUAACCACGGCAGUGUCACUUGCCCAAUUUGCCGUGCACAUUGGACUCAGCUACCUCGCAACCUAAAUACUCGAUGUUCACUCCAUUACAACAAGACUGAUCCUAUUCUAAGGAUCCUUGAUGAUUCAAUUGCUAAUUUUCGGGUUCACAGGCGAUCUUUUCUAAGAUCUGCUCGAUAUGAUGAUGAUGAUCCGAUCGAGCCUGACCACACGACUGAUCAACCCCGUCUCUAUCUCUCUCUAGUUCCAUCACAAGAUCAUUUGUCUAGUUCUUCUCCAAUGGCAGAAUCACCACGUGCCGUACAACAUUUUUCCCCAACCGGUGGAAAUUCCUUUCUCUGCUCAACAAAUAACAGAGCUUAUCUUUCUGUAAAGUUAGCACAUCAACCUGCAACUGAUUUGGUCCUAGUUGCAAGCCCGAAUGGGCCACACCUGAGGCUCAUGAAGCAAUCCAUGGCACUCGUGGUAUCCUCACUACGUCCCAUGGAUAGGUUGGCCAUUGUUACCUACUCAUCUGCUGCAGCACGCAUUUUCCCUCUAAGGCGCAUGACUUCAUAUGGAAAGCGAACAGCAUUACAAGUCAUUGAUCGGUUAUUCUAUAUGGGACAAGCGGAUCCAAUGGAAGGGCUAAAGAAAGGAGUAAAGAUACUAGGUGAUCGUGUCCACAAGAACCCGGAGUCAUGUAUCUUGCAUUUGUCCGACAAUCCAUCAAGAUCCUAUCAUCGAUUUGACGUUGAAGUUUCAGUUAAAAUCCAUCGAUUCCAUGUAGGGUUUGGAUAUGGCACUUCAAAUGGGUUUAUCAUGAAUGCAUUCGAAGAAUUCCUUGCAAGAACUCUUGGAGGUGCGAUUAGAGACAUCCAGUUGAGGAUUGGGGAAGGUGCUAGGAUCAUCAGCAUCGGAGAACUCAGAGGUGGUGAGGAGAGGAAGAUUCCAAUAUAUUUAGGCGAGUCGAGACAUGUUCGAUUGGAGUUUAGCUAUGUCGACAGUGAAGAUGAGCACAUGAGGACGGGUGAAACUGUUAUUGGCAUAAUAGACGAAGGCGAUAGAAAUGACAGUGCAGAUACCAUUUCCAUAUGUGGUAGGACUAGCAGUGUUGAGAGUUGGGACUACCAUGAUCCUUUCCUGGCUAGAAGAUGGGCUAAACAUUUGCAUGGCUAUAGGCUAUAACUUGUGCCAUUUCUUGCAAUCUUAUAGAAUUCUUAUAACUAGAUAUUGAUCGGAUAGGAUUGUUAUUAGGCAUCUCACCAUUACAUUACAUUCAUAUGUCCCCUCAACUAGCAGUAAAUGAAAUCAAAUUGUUUUACAUUUCA